AUGGCCAUGGCGCUGCCCCUGGGUGGCGGCGACGCGGAGCGGAAGGUGAAGGUGGCCGAGGUGGCGCUGCGUGCGCUCCUGUGCGGGCUGGGCGCGCUGGCGGCGGCGCUGGUGGCCACGGACACCCAGACGCGGACCUUCUUCUCCCUGCAGAAGAAGGCCAGCUACACGGACAUGAAGGCCAUGGUGUUCCUCGUGGCCGCCACCGCCGCCGCCGCCGGCUACAGCCUGCUGCAGCUGGCGGCGCGCUGCUGCGUCGCCCUGCUGCCGUCGUCCAGCGGAAGCCCCGGCGGAGGCAUGGUGCCGGGGCGGGCCCUGGCCUGGUGCGUGUUCUCGUGCGACCAGGCGCUGGCGUACGUGCUCCUGGCCGCCGUCGCCGCCGCGCUGCAGGCCUCCGUCGUCGCCAAGCGCGGCCAGCCGGAGAUGCAGUGGAUGGCGAUCUGCGCACUCUACGGCGCCUUCUGCAGGCAGGCCGGCGCCGGCGUCGCCAGCGCCGUCGCGGCUGGGCUCGCCGCCGCCCUGAUCGCCUUCCUCUCCGCAUUCAACCUCUUCAGGCUCUACGGCGGCACCAAGAGCUAG